GGAUGUGGAAGUUGAAGAUUGGGGAAGGAGGAAAGGACUUAAUUUCAACGAACAACUUUAUAGGAAGACAAUAUUGGGAGUUUGAUCCAAAUGCAGGAACACCACAAGAACGUGCUCAAGUUGAAAGAUUUCGCCAAGAGUUCACAAAUAAUCGUUUUUCCACCAAACAGAGUUCUGAUCUAUUAAUGAAGAUGCAGCUAAAAAAGGAGAAUAAAUGUGGAGCAAUUCGAGCGGCAGUGAAAGUGGGAGAAGAAGAGAAGAUAACAGAAGAAGCAUUGAUUACAACAAUGAGAAGAGCUCUCACUUUCUCUUCCUCCGUUCAAUCACAUCAGGGUUACUGGCCUAAUGAGUUAGCUGGCCCUUUGUUUUUCAUUCAACCCUUGGUAAUGGCACUAUAUAUAACAGAAUCCUUGGAUGUUGUUUUAGGAGCAGAACAUAAGAAGGAAGUGAUACGGUAUUUGUAUAAUCAUCAGAAUGAAGAUGGCGGGUGGGGAACCCAUAUUGUGGGUCACAGCACAAUGUUUGGAUCAGCAUUGAGUUAUGUUGCAUUGAGAAUACUUGGAGAAAAACUUGAAGAUCAUCAAGACAUGCCAAUGGCCAGAGCCAGAAAAUGGAUUCUUGACCAUGGUGGCUUAGUGGCUAUUCCUUCAUGGGGAAAGUUCUGGGUUUCGGUGCUUGGAGUUUAUGAGUGGUCAGGUUCCAAUCCUUUUCCACCUGAAGUAUGGCUCGUACCCAAAUGUAGCCCUAUUCAUCCAGGUCAAAUGCUGUCCUAUUCUCGCUUGGUUUACAUGCCCAUAUCAUACGUAUAUGGCAAGAAAUUUGUGGCUCCCCUCACUGAUUUGAUCAGAUCUUUAAGAGCAGAAAUGUACAACGAACCUUAUGAUCAAAUCAAUUGGAAUAAAGCUCGAAAUAAUGUUGCAAAGGAGGACCUCUACUAUCCACAUCCUCUAAUCCAAGAUAUGCUAUGGGGAUUUCUUUAUCACGUUGGAGAACGUUUUCUAAACACUUGGCCGUUUUCCAAGCUUAGAGAAAAGGCAUUAAAAGUCACAAUGAAUCACAUACGAUAUGAGGAUGAGAUUAGUAACUACCUUUGCAUGGCAGUUGUGGAGAAGGUUUUGUCUUUAAUUGCUCAUUGGGUUGAGGAGCCAAAUUCAGAGACAUUCAAACUUCACUUAGCUCGAAUUCCUGAUUAUUUCUGGGUUGCUGAAGAUGGCUUAAAACUUGCGGCUCUGGGAAGUCAAUUGUGGGAUGCUGCACUUGCGGUACAAGCAAUAAUUGCUUGUAAUAUGAACGAAGAGUAUGGACAUGUACUUAAGAAAGCACAUGACUUUAUCAAAGCUUCACAGAUUCGUGAGAAUCCAAAAGGUGACUUCAAGGCAAUGCUUAGACAUAUAUCAAAAGGAGGGUGGCCACUCUCAGUUCGUGAUCAAGGUAUGCCAGUCUCGGAUUGCACUGGAGAAGGACUAAAGGCUGCACUUCUAUUAUCAAAAUUGCCAACUGAAUUAGUUGGAGAAAAAAUGGAAGGGCAAAGAUAUUAUGAUGCUGUGAAUGUGAUUCUCUCUCUACAAAGUAGUAAUGGUGGAUAUCCCGUCUGGGAGCCUCAGAUAGCCUUUCGGUGGUUAGAAAAAUUCAAUUCAACUGAAUUCUUUGAGUGCGCUACCAUUGAGAUGGAGUACGUAGAGUGCACUUCAUCAGCAAUGCUGGGCUUGGUUAUAUUCAGAGAACUUUAUCCAAACCACAGAAGGAAGGAAAUAGAUCAAUCAAUUUCCAAGUCUAUCCAUUUCAUUGAAACUACACAGAAUCCUGAUGGCUCUUGGUAUGGUUGUUGGGGAGUUUGUUAUACAUAUGGCACAUGGUUUGCUGUAGAGGCACUAAAAGCCGUUGGAAAGAACUACCAUAACUGUCCUGCAUUGCGCAAAGCAUGUCAAUUUUUGUUGUCUAAACAACUUCCUAAUGGCGGUUGGGGUGAAAGUUACUUGUCAUGCCGAAACAAGGUGUAUACAAAUUUAGAAGGUAACCGGGAAAACAUAGUUCAAACAUCGUGGGCUUUAUUAUCUCUUAUUGGGGCAGGGCAAGCUGAGAUUGAUCCAACACCCAUACACCGUGGAAUGAAGCUACUAAUCAAUUUACAAAUGGAAGAUGGAGACUUCCCUCAACCGGACGUCACAGGAGCAUAUUUUAGGAACGGUUUAUUGACCUAUGCUUCGUAUCGAAUGAUAUUUCCUACAUGGGCUCUGGGAGAAUAUCGCAACAGAAUUUUGCAGACGUGAACCAUUAUAUUUAUAAUAAUUUGAUCACAAAAAUGAUCAAAUUCUUGAAAUAACUCCUAAAUUUUUUCGAAGUUACCUUAGCCUUAUGAUUAUCAUGAAUUAUAAUAUGUUUGCUUGUCUACUACAUGUAAAAUAUGUUUCGUAUUUUGUAUGUAUUUAUUAUUGUAUUA